CCUUGAAUUGUUUCUGCAUGCUACCACCAUGCCUCCCCGUGACAAUGACUUUAUGGAUGCGGGCUCGGACUCUGAUAUAUCUUUAGGCGAUGACGCCUACAACGUUUCCAAAGGGAGGGGAAAGGGAAAGGCCACUGAUAAACGAAAACGGGAUGACAAAGGAAAAGGAAAAGCAAAGGAUGUCCAAGCAUACACCUGGGAGGCGUCUUAUACGCGUUCAUGGGACACUGUCCGAGAAGAUGAAGCUGGGAGCCUGCAAAGUGCCGUCGAAGAUUGGAUGACUAGAGGUCGACGGAGGAGAUUACAGGCGCCUGCUGCAGCAAUACGGCGGUCAAUCAUUCGACAUCUUGUUCUUUUAUUGGACCUCUCUGCUUCUAUGCUCGACCGGGACAUGCGACCGACGCGGUUUACCUUGACCCUCCAGUAUGCUCGGGAAUUCAUCUUGGAGUGGUUCGACCAGAAUCCGUUGGGGCAGAUAGGCAUCGUGGGCAUGCGUUCAGGCUUAGGAGAACGAAUAUGUGAAAUGUCUGGAAACCCCCAGGAAGUUCUCAAAACAAUAUCGGAUAGACAUAAACUCUUACCAACGGGAGAACCGAGCUUGCAGAAUGCCAUUGAAAUGGCGCGGAAUAGCAUGAACCACCUGCCCACGCACUCUUCGCGCGAAAUUCUCAUCAUAUUUGGUUCUCUGACUACUUGCGAUCCUGGAAACAUCCAUGACACGUUAGACUCCUGCGUAAGAAACAAAAUAAGAAUUUCCGUCGUUGCACUCGCAGCAGAGAUGAAGAUAUGCAGAGAUCUCUGUGACAAAACAGGCGGUCAAUUUGGUGUCGCGAUGAACGAGGGACACUUCAAAGACCUUUUAUUCGAACUUAUACCUCCUCCCGCACAGCAAGCUUCUACUCGUACAGGCUCGACUAAUCCUGCUGCGGAUUUGAUGAUGAUGGGAUUCCCGACACGUCUCCCGGACGCAUCACCGCCAAGCCUGUGUGUCUGCCAUUCAGAUCUCAAGAGCGAGGGGUACAUCUGUCCUCGGUGUCUGGCCAAAGUCUGCGACGUGCCCACUGACUGCGAUGUUUGUGGAUUGAUGAUUGUGAGUUCUCCGCAUCUAGCUCGGAGUUACCACCACCUGUUCCCCGUUAAGCCGUUCGAUGCUGUAAAAUCUUUACAAGAAGCAGGUCCAUCGCCGACAUGCCACGCAUGUGCGCGAGCUUUUCCAACGACAGCUCUUUCUUCUACUGCAGAAGGCAUGAGUGCGGUGGGUAGGUAUCGGUGUCCGGAAUGUCGAAACGAGUUUUGCUCAGAGUGCGAUGUUUUUUUGCACGAUGUCGUACACUGUUGCCCUGGAUGCGGAAAAUGAGAUUUUAUUGAGGGUGCCUCUGGGUCGUGCGUGUUACUUGUGUGACAUUUUGGUGACAACUAAUAUUUUCUUUUUCAUGCUUUCUCCCAGAUUAGGAAGUGCAGAAAAUGAAGAUCCAUCAUCUGAGUCGUUCAGUUCGUUCCUCGUCAAACCUGCGCUCUUUCGAAGAACUUUGAAUAUUGAAUUGUUGGAUUAUGCACAUGAGAAACGAAAGAUUUAGCACUGAGUCUGGGUGGCAUGGCAUUUGUUGGAGAUGUCGCAAGAUGAUGGAAGGUUCAAGCCGGCGUGAUGCCGGGUGAGCUUUAGUCAGAUAGAUACUGUUUAUGGAUGCUUUUCGUAGAACUCUCUAGAUACUUUCGUAGUAUAAAUAUUGGCUCUGUAGGAGCCAGUGAAUACAAGUUCAUUAGUCUGGCUUUACCAGCCA